AUGGUCUCGCCGUACUACCACCGGGACUUACACUAUCACUUCGCCAUUUGCACAACGACAACUUUAUUUCAACGCCUGGCAACAUUCUCCUGGCACAAAUCGAUGACAAAACUUAGGCAGCAUGAACAGGAAGUUGUGGCGGAGGGAGCACCAGGAAUGCUAAUCAAUAAUAAUGGCAUCAGGAGCCACAGAAACGGAAUUGAUGGCAGCAAAGCCAUUAUUGGGGCCAUUUCCGGCGGCACGGUCGAGGGCAUUGCCGUCAUCGGUAUCGACAUCCUGACCAUCUUCCACGCCUCACAGAAUAGGGAGAAAGGGUAG